UUCUAGAACAUAAAUGAUUGGUAUCGAAGGAAUCGAUAUUUCAGGAUCGAUCCGCACAUCACUACUGUUAAGGGGGAUAGUGAGCGCAGAGACGGGAAAAAGUGUUGGUGUUCCAGGGUUUGCUCCUCCGUGUGUGAUCUUCCAGAAUAAAGCUGGGAAUAAAACAAAAAAAUAGAAACCGUUAUCCAGCUGAUGUCUUCCAGAUGUUGCUCACUAACAUCAGCAGGAAGCAGGAGGGCGAGCAGCUGCGGGUCUCAGGCAGACACGGAGAGAACCCCGCUCCAGCAGGAGGAUAAAACUGGUUCUAAAGGAGAACAGAAUGUUCCUCAUGGUGGUUCUGGUCCUCUCGGGGACAGGACUGAGCGUGAACGGCGACCUCCAUGUUCUUCAGUGGAUGCACGGCUGUGAGGGUGAGACACAGUCUGACGGCACGCUCGGGUUUGUCCGAGGCAUGGACAUGUACGCCUACGAUGGAGACGACUUCCUGUCCUUCAAUGAUAAAAAUGGAGUCUGGGUCGCUCUGAUUCCGGAGGCAGAACCCACCAAGAGGAAGUGGGACGGCGUCCAGGUGCUGAAAGAGUACACCAAGGGAUACCUGGAGAACGAGUGCAUCGAUUGGCUGAGCCUGUUCUUGAAUUAUGAACAACAGCAGCUACAAAACACCUCUCCACCCGAGGUGUCCCUGUAUGCAAAGACCUCCAGAGUGGAUGCAAACCUCAUCCUGACCUGCCUCGCCACAGGCUUCUACCCAGCAGAGCUCACAGUGAGGAUCAGAAGGAACGGUCGUGUCCUGACUGCAGACGACGGCCUGACGAGCUCGGGAGUUCUUCCAAAUCACGAUGAAACCUUCCAGAGGAGAGACCAUGUGGAGGUUUUAAGGUCUGACCUGUCUGCGUUCAGCUGUGAAGUCAUUCAUGAGGCAUCUACUGUGCGCGUUACCAGAGUUUGGGACUCUCAAAGCUCCUCUGCCUCUGCCUCUGACUCCGCCUCUGACUCCGCCUCUGACUCAGGUGUCUCCUCCGAUGACUCCGACAGCCGAGGCCCGGGUUCAGGCAGACUGCUGCUGGAGCCCGUCCAGCUGAUGUUCUGACGUCUGCAAGAACAUCCAUCAGAGCGCCUGAAGGCUCCCUGAAGCCACAUUUACCAAAACAAGUGUAUUUACCACAUUUCCCAACAUGCAGACUAAGAGGAGGCUCACGUUUGCUGCAUUUUACAGUUUAAACUUGGAGUUUUUACUCAAACAUGUCAAAUCAGGUUUGUGCAGCAGUGAGAAUAAAAAAGUGAAUCCAACUUUCAAACCUGCUGCAGUUUCAUAUAAACUGGAUUCUUUGAAAGAGCUCAGAAAGUAAAGCCUGGAAACCUCAGAGCAGCAGUUUGAUUCAGAGCCGCUGGAAGGAAAUAAUUCAUGUAUGAAAGAUGAGAAGAUUUUCAUGUAGAGAAAAAUCCACUCAGUGUUUGACAACAAGCUCCGAAAAGUCAAGAAAUACAGAAAUCUGUUUUUAUAUAUCAGCAACACAUCAGCUGCAUGACUUUCAGUGUCAUUCUCCCACAAUCCUCAAACCUCUUCAUUAUAGUGAACCACAGUCAUAUUUGUCAGAAAUAUUUACAGCUUCUGUUUAAAAAGUGUUUCAGUCGUAAUGUGAAGGAUCAGAAAAUAAAAGUAUUUUGUGUUGUUCUUUAUAAUAAACUGAACUUAUUAUGUGAAUCAUGAGUUUUUUUAUUGAUUAUACCACCGUACAGCAUGAAGGUAGAAACAGUUACAGUAACACUAUUCAUUUCAAAAUAAAAUGAUGAUGUUCGGAUUAUUUCCUGUAGCUAAUUUAACAUCUGUCCAUCUUUACUCAUGAGAAACUCCGCCCCUUUUUAUACCUGGUCAUGUGACUGACCUGCUGCCAGUGAACCUGAUCCCUGAACCCUGGAGGAGUUCUCAGGAUAACUGUGAGCCUGACCUGCUCUGUUCCUCUGUGACUCCCCGACCUGAGGCUCAAACAGCAGCUGCUGUAUGCAGUAUUUAUACAUGUAUUUGUAAUCCAUUACUCCCCACCUCUGGUCAUCAGUGAAAUCUAACUAUUGAGCUGUUCAGAGUUUUAGAGUUUCAGAGCCUGUAAAUGUGAGUGUGUGCUCUAUGCAGGCUGUCCACGUGUAUCACAUGGAUCAUAUCUGUGUAAAAGAACAAAGGGGAGUGUUAUGGGGACACAAACAGAGCCUGGAGACAGAAUCUGGAGACACACAGAGACUUCCCACUGCAGACGAAACAAACCACCUGAAAAUCCUGAUUGAAUUUCGCUGCACUCUCUCCUUACAUCCAUACUUUCUCUGCUUUUAACCUCCACACCUUCCCUUUUUAACUUCCUUGCAGAUGAUUUUAUUGAUGCUCUCACUGCACUCCUCUUCUUGGUGUUUUGAAACCUCAGGUCAUCAGAAGGUCUGAGUUUGAUGGUGAAACCAACAUUUACUGGCUAACAAACUGUGAAAUCAUUAAACAUCAAUAAUCCUGCUUUCUGAAACUCAAUCUCACCAAGAUUUAGAAAAUUCACAUUUUUUUAGUUCAAUAUGACCGGAAAUGAACUUCUAUACAGCCAGAGUCUUUUUAUCGCCGCCUGGUGGUCAUGAAAUAAAAAUGCAGGUUUAAGGCACCUGCUUCACUUUUUCUUACAUCAGUUUUGCUAAAUCCGUCUAUUAUACUGUUAGUGUGCAUAGUGCUGGGACUCCAUAAACAUUCAGACAAUCCUGAAGAGAGCAUGUUAAAGGUGACCUCUGACCCCAAAGAGCCAGUGUAGUGCUGUGACACAUGAUAGAGGUUCACAGGUCAGUGAAACUGUGCACAGGUGGAGGACUGCAGGACAGAAAAGUUUAUUUUAUUAUUUAUUUGUUUGGAUUUGACUGCAGAUUAUAUACAUGCUCAUUUCAACCCUGCACUCACACACACACACACACACUGCACUGUAUGCUGCAUGUCAGUGUUACUUUUACUGUAUCUGUUUUUAACUGUUUUCAGUAAAAAACUUCAUUCGGACUUUUCUUUGUUCUUUAUCUCGGUGGUAAAUCUAUCAACUCUUGAACUCUCUCACAGUUUAAGGCCGUCUCCGGGCGCCUGUGGUACUUUUUUUUAACUGUGUUGUUUAUUGUAGAUUGUAUUAUUUUUAUGAUGCUGAUGUAACACAAACAUCCCUUUAAUAAAGCAUCUCUGUCUCUGAUGUUCUCCAAUAUUUGUUAUGCUGUUAUUUCUACAUUUAGUUCAUUAUUUGAAUUUCCCUGCUUUUGAUUGGCUGAUGUAGCACCCUGAAGGAUUAACGUAGGCUCGAUGUUAUAAAACUGGGUUGAUCCUGGUUUUGACACCCCGUGAGAAAAAAAAACAAUAAAAAAUAA